AUGGACCCGAAUGAUUUAUUCCUUGACUUCGAUAUGAACUACAACUUACAUCCUAUAAGUUAUUUAAAUGCUAACCCUCAACAAAACUUAAAUCAAAAUACAAAGAAUAGUUUACCUAUUCCACAAAAUUCAAUAUCAUCCAGUUCAGAUUAUGAUAAUUUAUCAUUAACUCCCCAUUCAUCAAUAUCGUUGAAUAAUUCACCUCAUAGUUUUACAUCAAAUUCCGAUAAUUCUUCAAGUAAUUCACCUAUUGAAGGACAAUUUGAUUCUUCAUUAUUUUCCAAUCAGUUAAAUACUAUUGAUUCAAACCAAUCAUUUAGUUCCCAAAUAUCUUCAUUUUCCAACCAAUCACAGAAUUCUAACAUUUCAAACAAUCAAAACCUUUCAGUAGAAACUCAACCUAAAAGAAAGAAGACUUAUAAAAAAAUUAAAGAUGAAGAUUUAAAAGGUCCUUUCAAAUGUCUUUGGAAAGAUUGUUCGAUAGUUUUUGAAACUCCUGAAAUCUUAUAUGAUCAUUUAUGUGAUGACCAUGUUGGUAGAAAGUCUUCAAAUAAUCUUAGUUUGACUUGUUAUUGGGAUAAUUGUUUAACUAAAACUAUUAAAAGAGAUCAUAUUACUUCUCAUUUAAGAGUUCAUGUUCCCUUAAAACCUUUCCAUUGUGAUUCUUGUCCAAAGUCCUUCAAGAGACCUCAAGAUUUAAAGAAACACACAAAAAUUCAUAAUCAAGACCAUAAUUUGAAGAAAUUAAAUAAGAAGUUGAAAUAUAGUGAUCAAAAGAAUAACAAUAUCAUCAACAAUAUCUUGAAUGAUUACAACUUCAAUAGCAAAGAUAAGAAAUUAUUCGAACCAAAUUAUAAUUUCGAUAUUUUCAGUAAAUUGAAUCAUUUAGAACCUUUACCUAAUCAAUAUCAACAACAUCAACCUCAACAUCCACAUCAACAACAUCCACAUCCACAACCACAAAUUCCUCAAUUACAACAUCCACAAAUUCCUUCGAAUGUUCCAAUUCCUCAUCCUCAUGGUCAAACUGCUCCACAUCCACAAUCACAUCCACAAUCACAUCCUCAAUCCCAUUCAGGUAAUGUGAAUUUAUACGAUGCUGAAAAAUUCUUUACUUCUUUGAAUAAUUCAAUUGACAUGUAUCCUUACAAUAACAACAAUAACAAUCAUAAUGACUUCAAAUUCAAUUACCCAGUUUCUUCAGAAUUUGGCGGUGUUUCAAACUACCAAAAAUCUUCUAGAGAUGUUGAUGAUUUGGCUGAUUCCUUCAAUAAGAUUGAUUUGGAUGAUUUGAAUGAAAAUAUUUCAAGACAUAAGAUGUUGAUUUCCAAUGUGGUUGAAUAUUUACAUGAAAAAAUAUCCACUUCCAAUAACUUAUACCCUAAAAUAACUGCUUUUUAA